AUGGCACUAAGCCUACUUCUUCAAUUGUUCAUAUUCUCUUCAAUCCCAUAUUUAUCCUGCAGUCAAGGUCAAUUCUACGAGGUAAAACCUCACGAUAUAGCCGCACUAAUUGGCUCAAAUAUAACAAUUCCAUGUGUGAUUGCACCGCCUCAUGGUGAUGUUCAAUGGACAAAAGAUGGACUUGCUUUGGGUUAUGAUCGACAACUUCCGGCUUUUCCCAGUUGGUCCAUAACUGGCAAUGAAAAUCGAGGCGAAUUUAAUUUCUUCAUCGAAUCAUUGAAAUUGGAAGAUGAAGGCGUCUUUGCUUGCGAAGUUUCACCUUAUAAUGAUAUGCCGGCAUUGAAACAAGUUGCUCAUGUUCGAGCUCUUGUUCGACCAGAACGUGUACAAAUCAAUGAACGACCACCGUCGAACAAGACGACUGUUGUAACAAUGAGAUAUGAUGAAUCAAUACAUCAAGUUAAUUGUCGAGUCGAUGGGGCGAGACCAGCUGCACAAAUUAAGUGGUUCAAUGAAGGCGGACAGGAAUUUAACGCAACAACACGUACAUUUACUCAAGGUCGUCUUUUUUCUACUGUCAGUACUCUGUCUUUGACGCCAUCAUUAGCUUUACACAAAACUCGCUACACAUGCGAGGUUCGCCAUGAAACCCUAACCAAUGAUGCAAAUAAACUUCAAACAUCAUUCAAUGUGGAAAUCACGUCACCACCAAGUCUCCCAGUUAUUCGUGGUUAUCCAUCAACAUUUCGAUUAAUCAAUGGGUCACGUUUAACUUUAUCAUGUCAAACUCGUGGCGGACAUCCGUUAGGUCGACUCUCAUGGCAUCGGAUCGAAAGUGGCAACGAUACGUCGAUUUUAAUCGAUAAUUCCUUUGUUGUACUUCCACAACAAAAUGUUACGGAAAAUAAUAUUACAAUGUUAGUCACGCCUAUCGACAAUGGUGCAACGCUAUCAUGUCAUGUUGUCAAUGCUUACCUGUAUUCGUUAGGACAACGAUUGCAAACGAAUAUUACUUUACAAGUUGCAUUUGGGCCAUCGUCCGUACAAAUACGUGGAAAUACGCCAAAUACAAGUUUGAGUGUAACGACAUUGGUAGAUGGAACGACGCGACAAUUCAUCUGUCGAACAAGUUCAUCUAAUCCUCCACCUAUCGUUGUUUGGAAAUUGGAUGGACAGAUCGUUACGGGUGACGUAGAUCCUUUAGAAGAACGUGGAGAUUACGGUGGAAUGACGAUUCAAUUAGUAAAAACAAUUGGUUUGGACAAACCUUUACGAGAUUAUCAUACAAAAAUACUUUCUUGUGAAGCGAGAAAUUCAGAAACAGGUCACCAAGUCAUCGAUUCAACACGAUUGAACAUCAUUUAUGAUGCCACUAGUAUUGAAAUGCAUGGUGUAACGAAAGACAAAGUUAUAAAAGCGGGUGAUAAAGUUGCUGCUGAAUGUAUACUUACAGGCGGAAAUCCACUAGGAAGAAUCACUUGGUUAAAGGGCGAUGAAAUACUUCGCUCGGAAUAUGUCAGUGAAACAAGUGGAAAAUAUGUGUUGAGCCGUGUGGAAUUUCUUGCUGCACCGUCUGAUAAUAAUCUUUCAUUGGUAUGCAAAGGACAAGUGGAGAAUUUUCCCGAACGAAUUGCUUCAUUCUCAUUGAACGUUGCUUAUCUUCCAUCGGAAAUGAAGAUCAUCGAUAGUAGUAUCUUAUCGAAUUUAACUGUCGGAAACGACAGUCUAGGAGAAUUUGAAUGUCGAACAUCAGCAUCGAAUCCUCAGGCGACUUUGACAAUACUUAGACAAUCCAAUGAUGGAACAAAAUAUUCAGAUAUUCAGUACAAAACAGCAAGUACUUAUGUAGAUGGCAUCAACUCAGUGAAAUUCAUGUUACCUCCAAUCGAUCUUUCUUUACAUGGAAAUUUGUUAACAUGUGAAGCGACGAUCGAUGCUGAUACUACACCGUUAACAAAACAAGUGACGUAUGUGCUCAAUGUUAAUCAUAAGCCACAUUUCCAUGACUUUGAUGCGUUUGCUGAUGUGGAAGAAAAUCAACCGUUUAAUGUAACACUUGAAGCAAGUGCUUAUCCAAUGCCAAUUACUUACACAUGGUUUCAUCCAUCGGGCCGACAAUUAUUUGCUGACCAAUCAAGGAUAUUUAUCAAUCAAGGACGCUUAUCGUUAACAAGUGUUCAAAAAAGUGAUUUAGGCGUUUAUCGAUGUGUAGCAACAAACACAUAUGGAAGUGCUGAAGCGAAUUUUACAUUGAAUGUUCUUUAUGGACCGGUAAUAACACGCACUAAAGGUUAUUCGGUAUCGGAAGCCGCCGCUUCAGGUUCAUCUGUAACCUUGACUUGCACUGUUGAUGCUAAUCCAAUUGAAUUGAAUAAUAUACGAUGGUUUAAAGAUAAUGAAGAGCUGUUCUCGAGCCAAAAUGCUCCUCAAUGGGAGAAACGAGUCGAAGGUCAGGAAGCAUCUAUCCUUGCCAAAUCUAUCCGAAGAAGUGAUGCCGGACAAUAUGCUUGUGAAAUUAGUAAUGCACACGGAAAUAGUCGAGCAACAAUGCCAUUAGCUGUACAAUACGCACCGGAAAUCGAUCGUACGGAUCCAAGUCGAAGUAAAGCAGCAGCUGAUUCUGAUCGUUUGCUUACAGCUGAAUUGCACUGUUAUGUAUCGGCUGUCCCGCGACCAACAGUAACAUGGCUGAAGGAUAAUCAACCAGUACCAUUCUCAUCGAAAUAUCGAUCAGUUUUGAAUGAAAGAACCACUGGAUCUACCGCGUUUUCGCCAAAUCUUCUCUUCGAUGCCAUACUUUAUAUAGCCAAUGUAACCAAAUCAGACUAUGGCGUAUAUAAAUGUAAAGUGGAAAAUUCAGUUAAUACAGAUACGGCGGAUGUCACUCUCUCCGGAUUGACCGCACCUGAUGUCCCGAGUCAAGUGCGUGUAGCAAAUGCAUCGCAUUCAUCGUUAUUAAUUAGUUGGCUACCUGGCUUCGAUGGUGGUUCACGUCAAACGUUUCAAAUUCGUUAUCGUGUUGCAUCUGAUACACGUUACUCAUACGAAGAUGUUCCACUAGGUGAUCAAUCAUUUGAUCUGAAAAAUUUACAAUUGGCUACUGAAUAUUAUGUCAGUAUACGUGCAAAUAAUUCCUAUCAUCUAAGCAGUUGGACUGAGGAAAUCGUUGCUUCAACGUCACGAUAUCUACCAUCUUCGCCAUUCUAUUCAUUUUCAAGUUCAAAUUCAUCAUCAAGAUUUUCCUUAACCGUCAUCGUUACUGUUGCCGUGUUUGGUUUAUUCAUUUUCUUGAUCAACAUUAUACUUAUAUCAUUAUUUAUUAUGAAACGUCGACGUGCACAUGUCUCUAGUGAUAAUUCAUCAACAACAGGAACAAAUGAAACUGAAGCAAAUACUGUUGACAUUUUUCAACCGAUUCCAUCUAAUCUCUUUUUCGAACGUCCAUAUUCAUCGACAACGAAUGCUUAUCCGUUUAGUACCUAUCAAAAAUAUGAUGAUGAUGAUGCGAAAAGACCGUUCGUACCUUCGUAUUCUUCGGCAACCUUGACUCGAUUAACUCCUAGUCAUCACCGACUGUGGCCUCAAGAUGACGUCUCAUCCUAUUUAGCAUUAGACACCAGUAUUAGAACUAAAGCUGGUUCACCUUAUGCAGCCAUUAAGAGGCUGACGCCUAGUGAUUGGCGCCAAACACCGGUUACUGUCACUCAACGCUUUUUACCUUGCUGGUCGUUUUCGUUGACAGGCACUGUCUAUGCUGAAGCUUACGUCAAACGUGGCGCAUGGAUAUGGGGUGGGACGGAGUGGCAUCCUCUACCUGAUCAGAUUUCUGUAGCGAAUGUGAAUCUGUCGAAUGUCAAUGUCUAUGCCGCUCACGUAUAUGAUCGGCAACAUAUUCUUGAGAUAGAUAUGAAGACAAAUGAUUCACUCGAGCCGAUCAAUAGUUCAUUGACAAACGAUGACAUUCUUGAAGAAUGGACGGUAGAUCGAGACACGGCUUUUGAAAUCGGCUGGGACCUGCAGAUCAUACCGAAAGUGCAAGAACUUUGUAUAAAGCAGUUAAAGCAACAGAAAAAAGAUGAAUAUCGUAUUACUUCAAUUCGUUUUUCGAUUGUACAAGAAACACAACAAUUGGUCUAUUUUCCUGUCUAUGUUGUCGAAUAUCAGUACCGUGAUAAACAAUUACAGUGUCUAAUCAAUGGGCGUACUGGGCAAGUAGCUGGUUUCAGACAAUUCUCUCGAUUAAAAAUCGCUGCGCUAGCUUUAGGAAUUGUUUAUCCUGUAUGCGCAGUAUCAUGCAUUUCUCUUCUAUCAUUUACUGUCUACGCGAUGACUCGACGAGUUCUUGUUAUACCGAUUGCUUUACUUACAACUGGAUUUACCUUGCCGAUUGUUUCGCUCGCUGUUUUGCAGAUGGCCAGAUAUGUGCGAGAUUAUUCUCAUCUUUACCGAGGCAAACAGGAUAUUCGAGAUUGGUUAGAAUUCAAAAGACAAAAUCCGCACAUAUUCACGGAUAAAAGCUUCGAUCAAAAGACGGCGCAGUCAACUUUUCAUCGGCAGCGAACGCAAGAGAGCAAAAAAGCUACAGUUUCAUUUGAGAUUGGUCCGGACCUGUAUGGAUUAUUAGGUGUCAGUCGAGUAGCAUCCAAUACUGAUAUAAAACAUGCCUAUUUAUUGAAAGCAAAAGAAUUUCAUCCUGAUCGCAAUGUCGGUAAUAAACAAAUCGAAGAAAAAUUCAAAUUAAUUAAUCAAGCAUAUGCAAUCUUAUCCGAUCCUGAACAACGACAGUUAUUCGAUGAAUACGGAUACGAUCAAGUCAAAUAUAAAUGA